GUUUUCUAUAGUUUUUGCCAAAUUUCCGUGUGAUUACAAUUUGAAUUUGUUAAUAAACAAUGGCCAGCUCGAAUGUGUCCGACUGGGAUGGACCGAUGCCGACAUCGACGAGCGAGGAGGUCGAGGAGGAGGAUCCACAUUACUGCAGUCCAAGCAAUCGCCAGCGCAGGCAGCAGGAGAACGUGGACAAGAUGAAUUCGUAUGUGCGCCGCAUGGCCUACCAGCCAUCCAUGCCGCCCAAGACACGACCCGGCGAUGUGGCCAGAUCGUACGCACAGUACAAGGACUACUACAACCCAAAGCAGCGGGCAACGACUCUGACCAAACAGGAGAGCCAGUGUCUUACACAGUACCUGAACGUGCUCAUCAAGAAUUUUGACAGGUUCAUCGCCCAUUUGGCCACCACAAUGCGCAUACUGUCGCAGCUGUUCAAUCCCUAUGCCCGCAUGCAGCGCGGCAUCUUCUGCAACGUGCUGCUGGCCAUCGGUGUGCAGCUCUACACCAGCGAGGAUGUCAUAGAGUAUGAUGUAAGCCAUCGCCUCGCUCACGCUCUGCUCAGUCUCGUUUGAUCACGAGCCUUGCACUCGGCCGCGGCUCGCGAUCCCAACGAGCUGGCCAAGUCCGCUGAGUUGGACCUGGAGAUGGACAAUCACAUCAAGCCUCGCCUCAAGUGCGCUGCCGAGAAAAAGAUCGCCUACGAGCGUCGUCGUCACACGCAGCAGUCGACAUACAAGUGCCAAGUCCCCCAAUGCGAGUAGCCAGUAGUCAGUCGGGUUCUACAUAUAUUUA